GCAGUGUUGUUAGUAAACUGCGUUCCAAUAAUUUUUUGUAUUAUCUUAAACUCAUUUAAUUUGCUUGUUGGGAAAACUUUGUGUGAUUCAAAAAUUUAAAUUACAGUACUGUCGUUGAUUACAUAAUUUAAGUGCAGGUGCUGUCUUUCAUAAUUAAAUAUAAGUUCAGGUGCUGUCUUUCAUAAUUGGUCGAAAUGUCAAGGGCUAUAUUAGACUUCACAGAGAAAUAAACCGCCAAAAAAAUGAAAACUUAAUGGCAAAGAUUAGCAAUGGGUUUUCCAAGAAACCCUUUCAUUACACCCGUUCCAUCAGUUGUAUUGUUCCAAUGCAGCCUCUUCGUUAACCACAACCACUAACACAAAGGGCAUGUAAAGAAAUUGAAGAGUCAUGAUGGUAACUUAUUUAAAUAGGCAACCACAGCAACUGAUUCAACCAUUUCAGAUUACACAAAUUGUUCUUAUUCUCAGAAAAACCAGAAGAUGUCCGAUAAUAUUGUUGUGUCUUCACUUAAUAUGGAACUCAUGGAUUGCCCAAUAUGCUGUGAACCCUUAACAACUCCAAUUAUUCAGUGUGAAAAUGGGCAUGCAACAUGCAACUCAUGCUCGGAGAAGACUCAGAAGUGCCAUUCUUGCACCCUGCCUAUCAGAAGAAUGAGGAACCGGAUUCUUGAAGAUGUUGCUGACUCUUUGAGAGUUUGUUGCUCGUUCAAGAAUUAUGGAUGCCCAGCAACUGUGAGGUACCCCGAAAAGAGCAACCACGAAAAGUUCUGUUCUUUCAUAGAGUGCUCAUGCCCCAUUGAAGUUUGCAAUGUUAAGGGAACCUCUGAAAUGAUUUAUGCUCACUGUAAAGUGAUGCAUAAAGAUUUUGUGAAGCCGUUUGUUUUUGGUCGUAAAUUCCCUGUUUCUGUUCGGCUGAAUGAUAAUUUCUUUAUUCUCCAAGAGGAAAACACAGACAUUGUGUUUGUUCUGAACAACACAACGUGUUCUUAUGGGAAUAUUCUUACAAUCUGUUGUCUUGCACCGUCACAAGCUGGAUGCUGCCCCUAUGAAAUUGAAGUGAAUGCCAACUCAAGUCACAAGUUUCACAGUACUACCCAGAACAUUCAAGGCACCGGCAAUUACUAUCGUUCUUUUUCAGGGUUCCUUCUUGAUAGUGACCACGAAUUUUUUGCUGACGGUAUGAUCAAGAUGGAGUUUUGUGUUUAUCGCGCACCGGAGCUUGCUUAAGAGGAUGACCUGUUUAUGUAGUCUUGUUUAUGUAUUUUUUGGUUAAUUUUGGUGAAGAUGGAUAUUUUUGUUCUUGUUUUUGUUCUUGUUCAGGGUUAAUUUUGGUGAAGAUGGAUGUUAAUGUAAUUUUUUUCUAAACGUUCUGAAAUGUUUGAAUAUUUAAUGAAGUCAA